GCAAGAAAGACAAAGACAAAGAUGAAUCAUCAGAUGCACUGAGUGUCUUGGCAGAAGCCAGGUCCUAUUCAGGUGAAGAUGUAGACAAGAAGGAGGUUCCUGCUUGCUCUCUUGGAAGGUGCAAGAAGAACAAGUCCAACUUAUACCCCAGGCUGUUGAAGGCCAUAGACCCAGACAGGUUUGCAGAUGGCAUGAGGAAAGAGAAGUUCCUGGAGAAUGCACAGAGAAUGACACAAAGGUUGGGACAAUCAAGGCUGACUGAGGUUGAGAUGGUGGCAAGAAAGUAUGGCUGGGACGAUGUUUGGGCUGGCAAGCCUGUGGGUGCAGCUUGGAGGGAUGGAUGUGCAGGGGAGGCAACUGCUCCACCUCCAGAAAUGGGCCCUGGUGACAAAGACCAAAGGCCCUUGCACUGGGUUGAAAUGUCCAAGUCUGGGGACAUGUGGAUGCUUUGCAAGACUGGUGGUGAGCCCAAACUGGUGUGGCCAAAGGAUGCACCUUGUUGCAAGCUCUACACCAGCCAGGGCAAACAUGCAGUCAAAGGGCCACCACCUGAGCACUUCCAGAUCUUGAUGUCAGAGCUCUAUGACACAGAGGAGAUCCCACCAUAUGAGCCCAAAGAGAUGAAACAACAGAGCAUGACUGAGCUGCUGAGCAAGAUCAAGCAGCAAACCCAGAGCAAGGCAGCCAGUUCUCAGCAGCAACCCCCCCUUGCCUUGCCAGCAAGCACCAAUGAACCAGCUGGGGAAAGGUGGGCAGACAAUGCCCAGCAGUGGCACACCAGGGCAGCAGCCACCACCUGCACAUCAGCAGCAGCAUGGCCACAUGCAAGCACCACUGAAUCAGCUGGGCAAAGGUGGGCAAACAAUGCCCAGCAGUGGCACACCAGGGCAGUCACCACCUGCAGAUCAGCAGCAGCAGCAGCAGCAUGGCCACAUGCAAGCACCAAUGCAAGCACCAAUGCAGCACUUGGGCAAUGGUGGGCAGACAAUGCCCAGCAGUGGCACACCAGGCCAACAGCCACCACCUGCAGAUCAGCAGCACCACCGCAGCAGCAUGGCCACAUGCAAGCACCAAUGCAAGCACCAAUGCAGCAGCUGGGCAAAGGUGGGCAGACAAUGCCCAGCAGUUGCACACCAGGGCAGCCACCACCUGCAGACCAGCAGCAGGAGCAGCAUGGACACAUGCAAGCACCAAUGCAGCACUUGGGCAAUGGUGGGCAGACAAUGCCCAGCAGUGGCACACCAGGCCAACAGCCACCACCUGCAGAUCAGCAGCAGCAGCAGCAUGGCCACAUGCAAGCACCAAUGCAAGCACCAAUGCAGCAGCUGGGCAAAGGUGGGCAGACAAUGCCAGGCAGUGGCACACCAGGGCAGCAGCCACCACCUGCAGAUCAGCAGCAGCAUGGCCACAUGCAAGCACCAAUGCAGCAGCUGGGGAAAGGUGGGCAGACAAUGGUCAGCAGUGGCACACCAUGGCAGCCACCACCUGCAGACCAGCUGCAGGAGCAGCAUGGACACAUGCAAGCACCAAUGCAGCACUUAGGCAAUGGUGGGCAGACAAUGCCCAGCAGUUGCACACCAGUGCAGCCACCACCUGCAGAUCAGCAGCAGCAUGGCCACAUGCAAGCACCAAUGCAGCAGCUGGGCAAAGGUGGGCAGACAAUGCCCAGCAGUUGCACACCAGGGCAGCCACCACCUGCAGACCAGCAGCAGGAGCAGCAUGGGCACAUGCAAGCACCAAUGCAGCACUUGGGCAAUGGUGGGCAGACAAUGCCCAGCAGUUGCACACCAGGGCAGCCACCACCUGCAGAUCAGCAGCAGCAUGGCCACAUGCAAGCACCAAUGCAGCAGCUGGGCAAAGGUGGGCAGACAAUGCCCAGCAGUUGCACACCAGGGCAGCCACCACCUGCAGACCAGCAGCAGGAGCAGCAUGGGCACAUGCAAGCACCAAUGCAGCACUUGGGCAAUGGUGGGCAGACAAUGCCCAGCAGUGGCACACCAGGCCAACAGCCACCACCUGCAGAUCAGCAGCAACAGCUUGGCCAGAUGCAAGCAGGAUUGCAGCAGCAGCUGGGCAUUGCUGGGCAGACCAUGUCCAACUCUGGGACAUCAGACCAGCAGCCAGCACCUGCUGAUCAGCAGCAACAGCUUGGCCAGAUGCAAGCAGGAUUGCAGCAGCAGCUGGGCAAUGGUGGACAGACCAUGUCCAACACUGGGACACCAGACCAGCAGCCAUCACCUGCAGAUCAGCAGCAGCAGCUGGGCAAUGAUGGGCAGACAAUGUCCAACAAUGGGACACCAGGCCAACAGCCACCACCUGCAGAUCAGCAGGAAGAUGUUGACCAGAUACUAGCAGCAAUGGGCAAUGGUGGGCAGACCCUGCCCAACAAUGGUACAACAGGCCAGCAGCCACCACCUGCAGAUCAGCAACAGCAGGGUGGUCAGAUGGAAGUAGCAGUAGGUGGGGGGAUGAGCAGCGAAGACCAAGAGGGAGUACCUGCAGAGGAGCUAGAGUCAAUGGUUUUGCUGCAGCAGCAGGCAGAAGAGUCUGAGGAUGGUUCAGUGGCUGUGGAGCAGCCAGCCAAGAGAUUGAAAAGUAAAGCCACUGGCUUCGAUAUGAGAUGGCAUGGAAGAGCUAUCAGGGCCUAUGAUGUGAGCCUGGUUUGCCUCACAGUGGGCAUGUGUAAGGCAAACUUGCCUUUUGCACCACUGGGGGAUGAGAACCUGGUCAUGAGUGGAUCUUGGACUGUGGAGGAUGGUGAGCCUUUUUGGGUUUGGCUCUUUGCCAAUGGGUGGCAAGAGAAAGUGAGUGCAAUUCAGGUGGCUACACCCAGUGGUAUUUUCAACCCUGCUGCUGCAGUGGGUGGCACUGGGGAAACUAGGCUGUGCAAGGUGGCAGUGCAGCAUUGUUUGGGACAAGAGGCUUGCCAGAAGAUGAUCAAUGAGAAGAGGACUUGCCUCCUGCAGAUUCAGAUGUUGCAGAUUCAGGUUCAGAUUGAUGCCCAUUCCCAAAUGGCUGUAGCCUGGCCCAUUCAUGUCCUGAAGUCCCCUACUUUAGCAUGUAUGGUCUACUGCUAUGAUGCUGCUUUAGCUUGCAACAAUCUACUGGGCUUUUGCUGCUCCAUGGGAGAAAAUGGUGUAACCUUCCUGUGGUGGUGUUGUGGCAUGAUAGGUACCAUGCCACAAUUUCCAAUGCCUGGCCCUUUGGUGCCACAUCCAGUGCUAGUUGAAGCCAUGGAUGCAUAUAUACAUAGCCCAGCUCCAAUCCCAGAUGCCUUUGCAAUGCCUGGCCUUUUGGGGCCACAGCCUGUGUUAGGGGAAGGUGGACCUAGCAUGGCAAAUGUACAUAGCCUAGAGCCAGCUCCACACCCAGAUGCCUUUGCAAUGCCUGACCUUUUGGUGCCACAAUCACUGCCAGUUGAAGCCAUGGAUGCACAUGUACAUAGCCCAGCUCCAAUCCCAGAUGCCUUUGCAAUGCCUGGCCUUUUGGGGCCACAAACUGUGUUAGGGGAAGGUGAACCUAGCAUGGCCAAUGUAUAUAGCCCAGAGCCAGUUUCACAUGCUUUUGAAAUGCCAAGCCCUGUGGUGCCACAACCACUGCCAGUUGAAGCCAUGGGUGCACAUGUACAUAGCACAGCUCCAAUCCCAGAUGCCUUUGCAAUGCCUGACCUUUUGGUGCCACAAUCACUGCCAGUUGAAGCCAUGGAUGCACAUGUACAUAGCCCAGCUCCACACCCAGAUGCCUUUGCAAUGCCUGACCUUUUGGUGCCACAAUCACUGCCAGUUGAAGCCAUGGAUGCACAUGUACAUAGCACAGCUCCAAUCCCAGAUGCCUUUGCAAUGCCUGGCCUUUUGGGGCCACAAACUGUGUUAGGGGAAGGUGAACCUAGCAUGGCCAAUGUAUAUAGCCCAGAGCCAGUUUCACAUGCUUUUGAAAUGCCAAGCCCUGUGGUGCCACAACCACUGCCAGUUGAAGCCAUGGGUGCACAUGUACAUAGCACAGCUCCAAUCCCAGAUGCCUUUGCAAUGCCUGACCUUUUGGUGCCACAAUCACUGCCAGUUGAAGCCAUGGAUGCACAUGUACAUAGCCCAGCUCCACACCCAGAUGCCUUUGCAAUGCCUGACCUUUUGGUGCCACAAUCACUGCCAGUUGAAGCCAUGGAUGCACAUGUACAUAGCACAGCUCCAAUCCCAGAUGCCUUUGCAAUGCCUGGCCUUUUGGGGCCACAAACUGUGUUAGGGGAAGGUGCACCAGACAGUGGCAUGGUAAUGGUGCCAAAGGCUAAGGAGCACAGAUUUUUGCUGGCCAACAAAGAGCUUCACAUCAAAGAGCUCAUGGAGGCAGAAAUUCCACAAUCAGCAUUGAUGUACAAUGGAGUUGGUGCUGUGUCAGGUGAUGUGCAAGCUACUCAGGCACAAAUGCAGGCUGACUGGGAAAUGAUCUUGGCUUUGGAGAAGGAAGAUUUGGAAGGCAAAUAUGUCAGAAGUUUGCCAUCCUUGCACUUUCUCUACAGUGCUGUUUGCAGGCAGUUUCAGAAGAUGAUGUUGUACAAAUCUGGUGAUCACUGGUGGCCAUCCACAUCUGCAGCAACUCAGUUUGAGGAAGCUGCAGCUUUGGAAUUGCUUUUGAAGGGCUCAAGCACUCAAGAGGUGCAAUUGAAUUCUUUGGCUGGCCCACCAGGUACACUGAUGGCUUCAUCAUGCAAGGGUGUGGUGUGCAUUGUGCUUAGUAGAGCUCAAAGUGGUGUUCUCACAUGGGCUGUGGAGCCUAUGGAGGGCAAGGAAUCAGCCACUUACAAGUGCAUUCCCAGGGAGGCAGCACCCCAGUUCCAUCACAUAUGCACUUUGGAUGAAUGGGUGGAAAUACCAUUUAGGCCUGCCUUGCACAAUGAGCAUGGUGCAUUGGUGCUAGAAAAAAAUGGUCCAGAAUUAAUCCUGCCACUUGCCAGGAUCAAAAAUGGCUUGACCAUGACAGUCAAUGAAGCCAAGGAGGUCCUUGCAGCAUGUGGCAUCAAGUUGCCUGGCCAGCCUAGCAAAGCUGCUGUGUACAGAGCAGUUGUGGAGCAGUUCAUCAAAGACCCUGUGGAAGUUGAGGAAACAUUGCAAAUUUCCAAUGCUACAAUGCAGCAGGCUGAUGCUGAUGGAGCUGAUUCACAAUUGUCAGAGUACCAAGACCUUUUAGACCUUGUGGAAGAGGACACAGAGAACAGAGGAGACCCAGACAUUAAAGCUGAACAGCAAAAGGUGAAAAAGAAAAGAAUGGCCAAACCAAAGGCCAAGGCUUCCCAGGAUGCUGAUGGCAAUAUCAUGUUAG